GUGAGAAGUUUAAGAUAAAAUUCAUUAAUAUGAGUUAAUAAUUUUAAGUUAAAGGGACAAAAUCUACUUAUAUAAUAUAUGAUAAGGUAUUAGGAAAAGGGGCUUAUGGUGUUGUAUUAUUGGCAUAGGAUAUAAAUUUUGGUAAUCAACUAGCUGCUAAGAUAGUAAGAAAACAAAUUAAUUAUUUAAGAUAAGCAAGAAAUCCCUCAGUUAAAUAGACAUAGUGAACUUAAGAAAUGAAAUAAACAUCUAAUCAAAUUUGUAUCAUCCUAACAUUGUUACGAUGAUUGAUGCUUUUGAAGAUAACGAAUAUUUAUAUAUGUUACUUGAAUAUUGUAAUGGAGGUUGUCUAUUUACAAAAAUUCAAUUAAGUGGACCACUUAGAGAAGAUAAAGCUUAUAAAUAUUUCAUUCAAAUAGUAUAGGCUGUAUAAUAUUUACAUUAAAAGAAUGUCUUACAUCGAGACAUAAAAGUAAGAUAUUUUUAUAUAGUAGUUAUCAAACCUACUAAUAAAUUAAGAAGACCAAAUCAAAUUAGCAGAUUUUACAUGGAGUACAUCACUUUAAAUGGGAUAUGUUGCUCCUUAAAUUUGUGGUACUUUAGAAUAUAUGCCUCCAGAAGUUAUUCAAAAUGGAUUCUAAAAUGAAAAAUUAGAUAUUUGGAGUUUAGGAAUAGUACUAUAUGUAAUUUAUACAUUUUUAUCAUUUAAGGAAAUGCUACAUAAUGAUUUUCCAUAAAAUGGACUAAUUUUUAUUCGAAAUGGUAUAAGUAAAGAAUGUAAAUCAUUAAUGAAACAAAUGUUAGAAGUUGAUACUUAUAAAAGACCUUCAACUUCAGAAGUGUUAUCCAGUUAAUGGGUCAAAAAAUUUUAGAGAAAUAACGGGCUAAUAGUAAAUACUUGUAGAAGUCUUUCAGGAUUAACAGAUAAAUUAGGAUCUCCUCGAAAAAUACCUUUAUUAGGUUCUCCAUUAGGAUCACCAUUAAGAACUGUCAUUGGUUCCCCUUUUGGAUCACCAAUAACAUCUCCUUUAAAUACUUCCUAACAGAAAUGCUUUGGAUCAAAAAAUGUUGCUAAAUAGAUUUUAAGCACUCAUAAACUUUCCUGA